AUGGGGUUUUAUGAUGAGGAAGAAACCUUUGGAGAAGUUACUGAAGAAAAACCGACGUGCUCUGAAGANCCCGAAGCGAAACGGAAACGGCUAAAUGACUCAGUGCCUCCGAAGGAAGAUCCAGAAAAUCCAACACUUGCGAGUGUUCUAAAAGCUGAGAUGGUUGAUGACGAUGACGAAGAAGAAGAACGGGAUCCUGAGGAAAAGGCGGCGCGACAUGAGGUGCUUCGACGUGUCGGUCUCAAAACGAAGCCAACCAAUGCUCUACGUAGAUAUUUGAAGAAGGUUGUUGCUGGAGCUGAGCUGAAUCCAUGGGUUUCUACGGUAUACACAGAAAAGGCUCUAAGAAAGAAGCUCCGCUGUUUAGUCGUUGCUAUGUUGAUCAAAGCAUGUAAGAACGAAGGAGUCGAAGAGUGUGAGUUUGAUAAGUCGCAUGAAGCUGCCAUCAAAUUUAUUGACCGGCUGAAUGAAGAAAUAGUUGAAUCGCUGAGCAUUCUUGGUAAUUUCUCAUCCGAUCUGAUACGAUGUGCCAGAAGUAAUUGCCAGAAAGCAUUCCUUCCUAAUCAUGUGGCUCACACAUUAGUUUCAAGAAUCCCGGGUGAUUAUUCACAUUGUCAGGUACCAGAAUGUCCGCACGCGCUUGGAACUCAUGAUGAUGUCAAUUACCUGAUUAUAGAAGGUGGCAGUUAUAGUGAAAGAUUUGAAAUGCCGAAUAAUGACGAGUCACCUAGUAAGGUCAAAGAAGUGCUGAAAAAUAAAAAGUUCAAGGUCAGCGAUGAAGUGAUUGAAGAGCUCCCUUCUGAUGUGAUUAGAAGCUUGGUUCAUUACUAUAUGGCUCGGUAUUUUUGUUUGUGGGUGUUUGGUGAGAAAGAGCAAUGGAGUAAGAAUGGUUGCACACUUUUCCAAGUUUUGUACGGAAUGGACGGACAAGUCGGCUAA